AGAGAGAGAGAGAGAGAGAGUGUAGAAUUGGCGCUAUUGUAACUGCGCAAAGAAGAUCAAAAAGCUGACCUGGUGCAGCCCAAAGUCCAAUGCGGGAUCCCCACAGCCCAGUAGGAGGGGCUGUCCCGUGUCACAGCAGACCCGUCCCCUGACACUCCCCCAGCCCAAGCACAAACCACGCUGGAUGUCAGACAUGAAGCUGCAACUGUGCAACAGAGACGCACCUCUAUCCCUCUGUCUGCUGGUGACAUCCCAGGGCAACAUGUGGGUGACAGUUUGGGCUGAGACCCCCCUGAGAACAUAAUGCUGACUUGCCGCAGUGCAAUGAAUGCCCCCUUCCACCUUGGUCCCCGACCCCACUCAUGGGAUGUGGCAUCUUAACGCUUCGGAUUGGCUCUGGGCACCUGGGAGCACUGAGGGCUCAGCCCAAAGUCUCCCUUCUUCUGACUAUGAUCUUCCUAUUCACCUAUUUCUUCUACUGCCUCACCGGCUCCUGUUGUGACUCUCUGGGGUCGGCUGGGUCGGGCCCCAUGGGGACUGGCGUGCUUGUAGCUCAAGACUCUCUGCGCUCAGACUUUACACCAAGUAACUCUCUGCUCUUCGAUUCCAUUCUUGGGAACUCUUUGCGCUCUGACUCUGCUCUUGGGAGCUUUCAAGGCUCUGACUCUGCACUAAGGGACUCCCUGAGCUCUGGCUCUGCGUCUAGUCAUUCUUUGCGCUUUGGCUCUGCCUCCAGGGAGUCUGGUAUCUCGGACUCUGCACUUAGUAACCCUGAAUUUGUAUUGAAGGACUCAGGUUUUGCGCUGAGGGACCCUCCUGCUCUUAGGAGAGCUCUCACUUCUGGAUCUAGUCUGAUGGACAGGUUGCGUCCCAGUAUUUCCCAGGAAAACGUCGGAACUGCUGAGGAGAACACAGUGGAACCUGUUUCUGACCCAAAGGACUCUUUGCACCGGCAGGAGACCCCCAAUGAUCCCCUGAGCUUUGCCAUGAAGGACUCUGUGCGCUCUGACUUUCUGCGCUCUGACUCUCAUACAAGGGAACCUUUGCGCUCUGCCCCAGUAGCAAGGACGCACCUAUUGGCCACUGAGGAUACCCACAUACCCGACUCAUCGGAUUCACUAGAGAGUCAUAAUAAAGACAUAACGGGUCACUCAUGGGCACAGAAUGGGACCUUUCCAAAUCCCUCCCCUGCUCCCAGUCCCGGUGCCAUCUCCACGUACAACAGUUUUGGCACUAAGAGGUUCCCCCAGGCUAUCAUAGUGGGGGUGAAGAAAGGGGGGACCCGAGCCCUGCUGGAAUUCCUGAGAGUGCACCCCGAUGUCAGGGCAUUGGGGGCCGAACCCCACUUUUUUGACAGAUGUUAUGACAAGGGGCUGGAGUGGUACAGGAACUUGAUGCCAAGAACCUUUGAAGGUCAGAUCACCAUGGAGAAAACGCCAAGUUAUUUUGUUACCAUGGAAGCCCCAAAGCGAAUUUACAACAUGUCUAGCGAUACCAAGCUCAUAGUGGUGGUGAGGAAUCCAGUUACCCGGGCAAUCUCAGACUAUACGCAGACACUCUCAAAAACGCCAUCUUUGCCCAGCUUCCAAGCACUUGCUUUUAAAAACACUACUGGACCUAUCGACACCUCCUGGAGUGCCAUCCGCAUUGGUAUUUAUGCCAAGCACCUAGACAACUGGCUGCAGUAUUUCCCUCUGUCCAGAUUCCUCUUUGUUAAUGGAGAGAGGCUUGUUAGUGACCCCGCAGGAGAAAUGGGUCGUGUUCAGAACUUCUUGGGACUCAAAAGAGUCAUAACUGAUAAACAUUUUUAUUUCAAUGAAACCAAGGGCUUUCCGUGUCUAAAGAAACCAGAGGGAAGCAGCAAACCAAGGUGUCUGGGCAAAUCUAAAGGACGACCACAUCCUAACAUUGACACCAGCGUCUUGCAGCACCUUCAGGAGUUCUACAGACCCUACAACCAGAAAUUCUAUCAGAUGACGGGGCAAAACUUUGGUUGGGACUGAUAACCUAUAUGCCUGGAAUGGGUCAAUGUUUUAAUUUUCCUGCAGUCUGAUGCCCCCCUUGGAAAGAGGAAGAUUAACCUUUGUUCCUCAGGAGUGAACUCAGCCCUUAUUAAAUAAGGGCUCCCACUGACUUUGCGUUAGUAUCCACCCAACACUCUAAAGACUUUAUAUCCGAUCCAGUUUCCACUCACAAGUGAAAACGGCUUUCAUCUUUCUAUCAUUGUGAUACCUAUUUAUAUCGGAGAGGACAAAAUGUAUGCUAAGGAGUAGAGACCAAUAUUUAAAGCACAAAAUUAUAAAAAAAAAUUGUAUCACCUAUGACUUUUAUGUUUUAUU